AUGGCCAGCUGUAAAAGCUGUGAAACUAUAAAGCAAGAUUGUUAUGGACACGCUGCCCCAGGGACAGAUGCGGGGAAGGCCUUUUGCAUGUUCUACGCAGUCCUGGGGAUCCCACUGACACUCGUCAUGUUUCAGAGCCUGGGCGAGCGCAUGAACACCUUUGUCAAGUACCUCUUGAAACGCAUCAAAAAGUGCUGCGGGAUGAGGAGCACCGAAGUCUCCAUGGAAAACAUGGUCACUGUGGGUUUCUUUUCCUGCAUGGGAACACUCUGCAUUGGAGCAGCAGCUUUUUCCCAGUAUGAGGAGUGGAGCUUUUUCCAUGCUUACUAUUACUGCUUUAUAACAUUGACUACGAUAGGUUUUGGAGACUAUGUGGCUCUGCAGACCAAAGGGGCCCUUCAAAAGAAGCCUCUCUAUGUGGCUUUUAGCUUUAUGUACAUUCUAGUGGGGUUGACAGUCAUUGGGGCAUUUCUAAAUCUGGUUGUUCUCAGGUUCUUGACCAUGAACAGCGAGGACGAGAGGCGGGAUGCUGAGGAACGGGCGUCCCUGGCAGGGAACCGCAACAGCAUGAUUAUCCACAUCCAAGAGGACUCCCAGCAUGGUCGGCCACGAUACAAGGCCGAAGUAACAGACCUUCAGUCAGUUUGUUCCUGCAUGUGUUACAGGUCCCAUGAGUACACCAGCCGGGUGGUGUCCCACCAAAAUUCGUUCAGCUCAAAGCUGAACCCCCAGUACUUUCACUCCAUCUCUUACAAGAUAGAAGAGAUCUCGCCAAGCACAUUAAAAAACAGCCUUUUCCCAUCUCCUGUCAGCUCCAUCUCACCUGGGUUGCACAGCUUUACAGAUAACCACAGGCUGAUGAAAAGGCGAAAGUCCAUUUAA